CUAAAUUGAACCGGAGAUAUUAUAUAAAAUAAAAUUUAUAUUGAUUUUAAAAAAUAAAAUAAAAAAAGAGACUUCAACAUCAAGACAACUUAGAAGAGAGGUGAAUGCAAAUUGGUACUAGUCCGUAAAAAAACAUACAGCUAGCAAUUAUAUCAACUCACUCGUAUUUUGAGUAGAAAGGAAGGAACACACCUACCUUCCCUUUUCCCCACUGCACUCCCUCUACCUCUACCUUACUUCCUUUCUUUUUAUUUUCUUUCAUCUAUUUUACUUCAACUCCGUACCUUUUUCUUUACAAUCCUCAUUCUCUCUUUUCUCUCUCUUCUCUAAACUAUUAAUACUACUUCUCUCUCAUUACUACAACUCCACAACUUCAUAAGGAAUUUUAUUCAAUUUGAGGUGCUUUAGCUGCAAUUUUGCUAAGAAGACAAACAAAUUCAUAAAGAAGAAUAGCAAGAGAAACUAAAGACGAAGGAGAAAAAGAAUAAAUAAAUAAUUAAAUAAAAAAAAAUGAGCGGGAUUACAAUGAUGGAAGAAAUUGACAGUGGAAAUUUCUUCGACCAAAUUGAUGACCUUCUUGAGUUCCCAAACGACGACGUUGAGAAAGGUUUGGGUGAUAAUGGUGUUGCAAUGAACCAGUACAAUAAUUUUCCGCCGGUUUUUUGGUCGGACAAUUCACCGGUUUUCUCCGCCUCCCACAGUAACACAGCGUCUGACCUCUCCGCUGAACUCUCUGUUCCUUAUGAGGACAUUGUUCAGCUUGAGUGGCUGUCGAACUUUGUUGAAGAUUCCUUUGCUGGUUCAGGCCUGACAGUCGAAAAAAGUCAGUCUACUUCAUAUACUAAGGACCCCUCCCGUAAUCAGUUCCAAACUUCCAGUCCUGUUUCGGUCCUUGAGAGCAGCAGCACUUGCUCUAGAGGAAAAACUCUCCCUGUCAGUCAUGAAAAACGUGCUCGCAGCAAGCGACCUCGUCCUGCUACUUUCAACCCUCGUGCUCACCUCAUUUCACCGACACCCUCCAUUUCCAAAACACCUCGGCUAUUGUUUGCCCCCAGUGCUUCGUUGUCUAAGUCAGAGAAUUUUGCUGACUCUCGUCCCCUAAAGAAGAAAAAGAAGAUCAAGAUUCUACCUCCCUCAGGCAGAAUAAGUCACAAUCAAAAUGAUAAUCCUAAUGCUAACACCACAUCACAGGCAUUAAGGAAGUGCAUGCAUUGCGAGAUUGCAAAAACACCACAAUGGAGAGCUGGGCCAAUGGGGCCAAAAACCCUUUGCAAUGCAUGUGGCGUCCGUUACAAAUCAGGUCGUCUGUACCCUGAGUAUCGCCCUGCAGCAAGCCCAACUUUCGUCCCAUCCUUGCACUCUAAUUCUCACAAGAAAGUCCUUGAGAUGAGGACCAAGACCCCUGAUGAGAAUCCUGCAAAAAUCUCCCAGGAGCAUGAGUUUAUACCAAAAAGCGGUCUCCCCCCAGCAUAUAUCUGAUCAAGGAGGUAGAGAUCACAGCGUUAUUUGCUUGCUGGAAUGGUUGCGUUCUCCUGCCAGCGUCGCAUUUGAGUGUCAUUUGUUAUUGUUUCUCAAUUAUUAUUGCUACAUAUAUCUUGGUUCAUUGGUUUUUUUGUGCAGAGGGGGGCGGUGUUAUAAAAAAUAGCAGCAAUAGAUGUGUAGGUGUAGCUAAUUUUUAGCCUAAAAUUAGUCGAGAUUAAGAUAAGGGGGGAAAGAGAAACUGAGAGAUCAGCAAAUACAGAGUUUGUAGACCUAAGAUGUUUAGAUGUAGCUAAUUUUUAUUUAGUUUACAAGGUCAUUAGGUAAUACUUAGUAUGAGUCUGUUUUACUUUCCCAUUGUAUUGAUCCUCUUUUUUUUACUUUCAAAUUCUUUUUACAGUUAGUUUGUCAGGCAGGAAAUUUCUGAAAUGAAGUUCUUUUUUACCUAUGAA